AUGAUGGGAGACUUCAACGCAAAACUAUGCACAAGAGAAAGUGGUGAGCUGAAGUUAGGGAAAUUUGGAGUAGGGCAACGGAACCGUAGGGGCCAGCAGCUAGCCGACUUUAUGGUGAAAGAGGGACUCUUUAUGAUGAACUCUUUCUUCCAGAAGCGGCUCCACAGGAAGUGGACCUGGUCGAGUCCCGACGGUACGACAAAAAAUGAGAUUGACUUCAUUAUGACGACCAGACGCCAACUGUUCAGUGAUGUCUCAGUGAUCGCAAGGGUGAAAACUGGAAGUGAUCACCGAAUGGCCAGAGGCACAUUGAACCUAAACGUCAAGUUGGAGAGGUCUCGUCUAAUGAAGUCAACGCUCCGUUCCCCUCGUGCUCUGAUCCAGAAUCCCGAAAGCUUUCACCUCGAGUUACGGAUCCGCUUUCAGUACCUAGAAGAUUGCAGUGCAGUGGACGAUAUGAAUGACAAGCUCGUGGAAACUGUCCAUGCGGUCGGAGCAAAGUUAUGCAAAACCCGCCGCAGAAGAACACAAAGACUCUCCGAUCACACUCUUAAUCCCAUGGCUGUUAGACGGGAGAUGAGGCUACUGCUGUCAACAGAUUUGACAGCUUACAGGCAACUGAAAAUACAGAUCUCCAAAUGCAUGCCGCGAGACUUGAGCAACUUUAAUAAAGCUCGUAUUAAAGAAGCGAUCGAGCGGAUCCAGUAA